UGGGGACUUACUCAUACAUGUAGACAUGGCAUUUUGGAGCCGGUGGAACUUAGAAGAAGAGUUUGUCGGAUAUAUGUUGUUUUUAUUGUGCAAAUGCUUCUUCCGCAAUUGAUGCCCCUUAGAGUUUACUCCAAUUAACUGGUCCAAGGUAUUCAAAGAAUAAACUCGCAAAAUAGCAGGAGAACUAAGACAUGUCAGUGCAGUACCCUAGAAAGAAAGUAUCAAUAAUAGCUAUUUAAAGUACAGUGGUUAACAGCAUGUAGGAAUUAUGAUUUAAAAUAAAUGUUGCUCCAUUGAAUUUGCUUUCAUAACCACUGUGGUUCUUUGUUUCUACCACUUGACCAAUUUGACAAGAUAGAAAAAAAAGGAUUUUCAGGAUUUUUAUGAACCAGUCAGUCAAUCAUAUUUGAUUAUAAUCGCAAAGUUGUUGACAUGCGCAUAGCUAGAUACUUGUAAUAGUAAUAAGCUCAUUUGAUCUUACUUACACGAAGUAAAGAAAAGUACUGGUGGAAUAAAAAAAAUAUAAAAAGAAUGAUAAUUAAUAAGAAGAUUCGUUUCAAUGCAUGUAGCUCUCAGACCGCUUUCUCGCUUAAAUAAGUAUUGCAAAUUAAUAAAAACUCGUUGUCAAAACUGGUGUGUAAGCUUUAAUUGUUUAAACAUGUCCGAAAGCAAGUCAGAGAGCAAGCAAGAGCCUGAAACAACUCAAGUCAAAGACGAACAAGUCGUGAACAUCGAAACAGUCAUUGCAACAGAUAACAAAGGAAUUGAUUAUGAUAAACUGAUUAAACAAUUUGGCAGUCAGUAUGUUGAACAGAGCCAUAUUGAACACAUUUCAAAACUUAGUGGUAAACCUGCACAUCAUUUUUAAAGCGUGGUAUAUUUUUUCUCAAAGAGAUUUGAAAAUGAUUCUUGAUGCAGUUGAAGCAAAGAAAAAGUUCUAUCUUUACACAGGAAGAGGGCCUUCUUCAGAAACAAUGCAUUUAGGCCAUUUGAUCCCUUUCAUUUUCACAAAAUACAUGCAAGAUGCGUUUGAUGUACCUUUGGUCAUUCAACUAACGGACGACGAAAAGUUCUAUUGGAAAAAUUUGAAACUUGAAGAAGCAAAUCGGUUGGCAUAUGAGAACACUAAAGAUAUCAUUGCAUGUGGAUUUGAUGUAAACAAGACUUUCAUAUUUUCUGAUUUGGAUUUUGCAGGUAGUUGCAAGGAAUUUCACAAGAACGUACUUAAGAUCAGGAAGAGUGUUACAUUCAACCAAGUAAGGUCGAUUUUUGGAUUCACAGACAGCGAUCCAAUUGGUAAGAUAUCGUUUCCAGCCGUUCAGGCAGCACCAUCAUUUAGUAAUUCAUUUCCACAAAUAUUUGGUGAGAGACACGACGUGCCAUGUCUCAUACCAUGUGCCAUCGACCAGGAUCCUUAUUUCCGUAUGACACGUGAUGUCGCUCCAAGGUUGGGUUAUCUCAAACCAGCCCUACUUCAUUCCACCUUCUUUCCCGCGUUACAAGGAGCAAAGACGAAGAUGAGCUCCAGCGACCCUAACUCCUCCAUCUUUCUGACUGAUACACGGCUCAGAUAAAGAAAAAGAUCAACAAGUACGCAUUUUCUGGUGGUAAAGACAACAUUGAAGAACAUCGUAAAUACGGCGGAGAUAUUGAUGUAGAUAUAGCUUAUCGAUAUCUCACAUUUUUCUUAGAAGAUGAGGAGAAAUUACAACAAAUAAAAAAGGACUAUACUAGUGGUAAAAUGUUGAGCGGUGAAAUAAAGAAGGAAUUGAUAUCUGUAAUACAACCAAUCGUGGCAGCUCAUCAGGAGCGAAGGAAACUGGUCACUCCAGAAAUAGUGAAACAGUUUAUGACCCCGAGAAAGUUGAAUUUUUAAAAUUAGACAAAAUCCAAGAUAUAGUAUUUGAUGUACACUUGGAAAAAUAUUGUAUUCUUAUCAAGUAAGAAAACUCCAAAGGGAAUGUCAACCCAAGGGAAAUUAAUUUUCUUCAUCUGAAACCUCAUCAAUCAA